ACGCCGUCGCACUCAUGGAACCCUUUUCCUUUGCCAGCUCUCUGGAUCUGGACCUACCCGUCCACGUCAGGAUCAACAACUUAGACGGCCACCAGAAGCCCAUACCCUUCUCCACUCUGCUGAGGAACCCGGAGCUGCGUCACAGAGGCUCGAACUUGAGCCCGCACUCGGAACUCUUCGUCACAGCGCAGCUAUGGGCCGAGAGCAAACCGCUCACCGUCCCGGUCCAGACAAGCUACAAGGUCUUCAAGACCGCCCGCGUUUGGAAUGAAUGGAUCACUUUGCCCAUCAACUAUGCCACCCUGCCGCAAUCUUCACAACUCGCCAUGACCGUCUGGGACCUCUCACCGGUUGAUGUUGAGGGCACACAAUUCCACACCGUACCUUUCGGAGGCACAACCAUACCGCUCUUUGACAAGGACAACACUCUUCAAAAGGGCAAACAGCGAUGUCGCUUACACCGCAACAAAGCAGCAGAUGGAUUGUCGUCCUCCACUACCCCAUACGUCAUACCACCUCGUCGUCGCGAUCGGCGUAAUGGAAAGGCUGCACAGGGAACAACGGAUGACCGAGUAUCGGAAAUGGAGAGACUGGAGGCGCUCAUGAAAAAGCACGAAAUGGGGGAGAUUGCCGAGAACAGGUGGCUCGACCAGAUGGUCUUCAGGAAGAUGGAGCAGCUGGAGCGCAGCAGUUUCAAGACUGUGCCCAAAUUUGGACGCACGCCGAAGGCUGCCUCGCAGACCGACGGUGCUACGGGUUCGGAUGACACCGAGGAUUCAAGUUCCGAGGAGACUGAGGAGGAAAAGUUCUUCCUUUACGUGGAAUUCCCGCGAUUUGACCAUCCCAUCGUCUUUACCGAUUGCGAAUAUCCGGCACCGCCCGUUUCAACACUACAACAAUCGUCAUCGUUGUCAGACGUGAUGCUGAAACCUCCACCAGAAGUGUCAUUUGGACCUGGUAUAAAUGGCGAAGAUGACCCGGAAGUUGGCAGGAUGGUGAGGAUCUUCGAUCCAGAGGUUGGCAUCAGAGAAAAUCCGGCAGAGAACAAGCACAGAAGGCUGGUCCGUAGCCACCGGACUGGAGUUCUAGACCGCGACCUGAAGCCAAACGCGAAGAUACGUGACGAGCUCAAUGUUAUUAUGUCGUACGGACCCACCCAUGAGCUAAACCCGGAAGAAAAGGAUUUGGUGUGGAAGUUCAGGCAUCAUCUUACGAGAGACAAACGGGCUCUAACCAAAUUUGUAAAAUCAGUGUCCUGGAAUGACCAGAGCGAAGCACGACAGGCGGUCCAGAUCCUACCCAAAUGGACCGAAAUCGACGUCGACGACGCUUUGGAGCUCCUCGGACCAACUUUCGACAAUCCAGCAGUUCGUGCGUAUGCCGUGGAUCGAUUACGCAAAGCCGACGAUGAGGAGCUCCUCAUGUAUCUGCUUCAGCUGGUUCAGGCAUUGAAGUUUGAGCCCACUCAGCCCGAAUCAAAUGACGAAACUGUUCCAGAUUCAUCGCUUGCUCAAUUCUUAAUCACACGUGCGGCAAACAACCUACACCUGGGUACUUUCUUACAUUGGUACCUUAUGGUUGAGUGCGAUGACCGUAGCCCUGAACAGGGCCAGGAGCAUCGCAAGCUCUUCGCCAAAGUGGAGUAUGACUUCAUGGCUACCCUCAUGGAAACCCCGAGCGGCCCUGAGAGGCGCAAGACGCUUCUUCGUCAAGGAGAGCUCAUUACGGUUCUGUCCAAGAUCUCUAAAGACGUCCGUUUCUCAAGAGAGGAUAGGCCGCGUAAGAUUGAGCGAUUAAAGCGCUUCCUUGCAGAACCGAAGAACGAGCUUUUGUCGUUUGAUCCUCCACUGCCGCUGCCUCUGGAUCCUACCGUGGAAAUUGUAGGAUGUUUUCCGGACGAUUGCAAUGUAUUCAAAUCUUCGUUGUAUCCGCUCCUGAUUAACUUCAAGACCUCUGCCGGGGUCAAGUACCCUGUCAUCUUCAAGUCAGGCGACGAUCUACGACAAGACCAGCUCGUUAUUCAAAUCAUCACAUUGAUGGACCGCCUUUUGCGCAAGGAAAAUCUUGAUCUCAAACUCUCGCCGUACCGCAUUCUCGCCACGUCGACGACAGCGGGAGCUGUGCAGUUCGUCCCCAGCACCUCUCUCGCAGCAGCCGUCACCAAGUACAAAGGCCAAGGUAGCAUUCUGUCGUAUUUGCGUGCGAACAACCCGGACGAAAGCGCUCCACUGGGCGUACGCAAAGAGGCAAUGGACACGUACGUCAAGUCAUGUGCCGGCUACUGUGUGAUUACAUAUUUGUUGGGAGUUGGCGACCGCCACUUGGACAACCUGCUGCUCGCUCCUGAUGGUCACUUCUUCCACGCCGAUUUUGGUUAUAUCCUUGGACGCGACCCGAAGCCGUUCGCGCCGCUCAUGAAGCUUGAUAACCUCAUGAUUGCGGGCAUGGGCGGGCCUACGUCACCAAACUACACAGCGUUCAAGAACUACUGCUUUACGGCAUACACGACGCUGCGCAAGUCAUCGAGCUUGAUACUGAACCUGUUCAGCCUGAUGCGCGAGGCCAACGUGCCCGAUAUCAAGAUUGAACGAGAUAAGGCGGUGUGGAAGGUACAGGAGCGCAUGUGCCUGGACAUGUCGGAAGAGGAGGCGAUCCGCCACUUUGAGGGCUUGAUCCAGGAUUCGGUAACGGCAGUCAUGCCGGUGGUUAUUGAUCGCCUGCAUGGAUUAGUCCAGCACUGGCGGGCAUAGGGGCUGCGCGAAGCGUCUGCAGGAAGCAUUCGACAUGCAAAGGGACAGGCUACGUGCUUUUCUCUGGAAUGCUGGAGAGAACCUUCGGUAUCUAUCCCAGUUUCAAGCUUGAACUCAAUCAUGAAGGUCAUGAAGAUGCGGCGUUAGGGGCUUUGUAUGAAGUUGAAUGUUUAACGAACCAGCAAACAGGAGCAAUGCUGAUCGACUUUCGCCGCC